AUGGAGUCCUCGCCGUCAUCGCUGAGUUACCUCCGUGCGGUGCAGCAGCUGCAAACAAAGACGGAGGAGUUGGAGCGGGCGCGGGACGAGACGCGCCGCCUGGAGCGCGAAACGGCGGCGCUCGCGGAGGAUAAGGCGGCGCUGAUGCGGGAAGUGGCGCAGCUGGAGGCGCAGAACCGCGACUGGCGUGCCGAGUUCGGCGUGCUCGAGGAGCAGGUGCGGCAGCAGCAGCGGCACUUGCAGGAGCACAUCGAGCGCGAAGCCAAGCGGCUGCAGGCGUCCACUGCGAAGUCGCGUGAGACUGGCGCGGAGAGGGCAGCGCUGCAGCAGAAGCUGCAGGCGGCUGAGGCGGCAAGGGAGGAGGCGGCGGCGCAGUGCCGUCGUCUCUCGCACGAAGUGGCUGCGCUAAAGCGGGAGCUGAAGGUCGCCAGGGCGAGGGCGUCCCACGACCACUCCACGCACGCGCGCACCGCGGCGGCGGGGGCGGCCAUGGACGAGAUCGAGAGCAAAGCGCUGGAGGGGCUGCGAGGCGAGAUUGCGGCCUUCGCGGCCGAGAACGAGCGGCUGAUGAAUGAGUUGGAGGCGGAGCGCAAGGCGCGCGUGGGGGCGGAGGAGGGGGUGGUAAAUCUGCAGCAGCUUCUGCAGCGGCAGCGCGAGGUGGGCGAGCGGCAGCAGCUGCUUGCCAGGGCGGAGCUGCAGGCCCUCAACGUGCAGAACGACGCCCUCCUCGGCGACGUGAGGCGGCUGAUGGAGCGGGAGGAAAUUGGCGGAAAAGACGCCGCACGCCCCCGCCGCGUGUCAACGGUGGACCGCGGCACCGUGACGACGGAGGUGCCAUACGCGCCGCUCUGCUCACCGUCCGUGCCGAGGGCGGCGGGUGGUCUACCGACGAGUACGCCUCCAGCCGCGGUAGAGGGCGGCGCAGGCACGACGGCGCCGCCGCAGCGCGUGCAGGAGUUGCUCGAGCGGGUGCGUCGGUUGGAGAGCACGACGGCCGAGCAGGCGCUUCUGCUUCGUGAGAAGGAGGCAAACGAGCGUCUCCUCGAGGAACGCGCGGCGCUCCACGCGGAGCAGCGGCGGCACCUCCGCUCUCUUCUCGACAAGGCGACCACGCCGGAGGGGGGCGGUGCACGCUGCGACCGCAGCCACCUCGUCCGCGCCGAGGCGGACACGGAGCUCAGUGCGGUACUUGAGGCCAUCAUUGACCUGCUGAGGCUCUUCGUCCACUGCGCCGCCCGCCUCCGUGCCCGCCUUCUGCAGCCGGCGGCAAACACGGACCCGGUCGUGCUGCCCAUCGUGCCGUGCCGCGACCACGGCAGCCCACACCUCAACGCCAUCUUCAGCCACCUUGGCGGGCUCCGGCACGUCGCCGGCGUCAUUGACGAGGUCGGGGAAGUCGCCUCGCGCAGGCAGCGCCCGCCGGGGGGGCGGCAAAGUCCGCCGACAACACCCACCGCGCCACGACCCCACCACACCCCUCCACUCACGUCGCCCGCGCGCCGUGCACCGACCGGCGAGGCACCGGCCUCAGCCCCGAGCGACGCUUCCGCCUCACUGCAACUGGCGUCCACCCAACGCGACAUCACAUCGUGGCUGAAAGCGCGGCAGGAGAGCCUGCAGAGACAGCUGCAACAGGCAAACGAAAGCGGCAACGGCGCACCCACCACACCACCACGCUCCAACUGCAGCUAUCAAUCCGGUGAAACGCUUGAAGAGGCGGCCAACGAAAUGAACAAGCCCAUCUAUCGCAAGCAUAACAGGUAA